AUGGUGUCGCAACGUGAGCCCGAGCCGCUGUCGCAUUCCCUCACCGUCCGUGGAGCCCAGUCCGUUGUCGGCACGCGACCGUCUCGAGCCCCCCACGUUUCCUCGCGCAGCAAGAGAUACAACCGCUCCCACGCUGGCGGCACAACCUAUAUACCUCAGAAUGAAUUUCCCUGGUUCAGCGCGUCGGGCGACGUCGAGAUCGUGAUCAGGGCGGGCGGCAAGGAAAACCGGUAUCUGCUUCACCGGCACACACUCACACGGUCUUCGGGUUUCUUCGAGGCAUCGACCAGCCAGCAGUGGUCUAAGGCGACUAUAUUACCGGCGUUACCGUCGUUGCCAGAGGCGCCCAGCAAAGAUCUUGCGAGGAUAGGACAAGAUAGCGGUGUCGAUAUUGGAAGCAGGAAUUCAACAGACAGCGGGAACGAGUUGACGAGACCAGGCGCAGGAUCGCCGGGUCCGAGGAGGCGAUGGAGAUAUGAGUUAGACAACGGAACGGGAACGGAUGAUAUACCCAUGCUGGUGCAGAAAGAGGCGGAAGGCAGCAGUAGCCUGACAAACACGAACUCGUCGCAACAAACGGGCUCGAUAUUCGGCGGAGGCACUCCAAGCGCAAACACGUCUUCGACUCGGCACAAGCAUUCGCACUCGGCCUCGCACGCGGGCGCGUCCUUUUUCCGAUCUGUCGCAAAUCUCUCGCUCACCGGUCACCAUGCGUCAAACCUACCGGCUCCUGACGAAGGCAUGCCCUUGUCGCAGGCAGAUGCCGACCUCCUGCGAGAUUACGACAACCUCUUUCGCGUGUUUUACAACUACCCUCCGAUACUCGACGGCAUCAAUAUAGCGGACGCAUACGUGCAGUGCAAGUCGCUUCUAACGCUUGCAGACCAAUACGAUGCUCUAGCCGUAUGCGGCCCACGAGUCGAUCAUCAUCUCCUGCAGUUCCAGUCACGGCUAUGGAAGCAGAUAGCCAAGUACCCGGUCUCUUACUUGAAACUCGGAUAUCUGGCAAGAUCGAAGGUGAUCUUCCAAGAAGCGCUCAUCCACGUCGUGGGCCAGUGGCCGUCAGGAGAGCGCAGUAUCAGGAAUGCGCUGCCCGAAAUUGUGCUCGACAUCAUAGAAGAUAAGGUAGAUGAGCUGGAAGAGACGAUAUCACGGAUCGAGGGGCGCCUGUUCAGGUUGAACCUAACCAACUCCCGUGGCGAGAGGGUGACCCCCGGCACUUCCUACCUCGACUGGCUAGCUGUGUCGUUCUUCCGCCAGUGGCUGGCAGACAACACAUCCCCAGCGCCCCCGCCACCACCACCUCCGCCGCCGUCAGAUCGGAGGGGCGGCUCGUCUUCCGGAAACCGGUCUGCGCCCCCGCCAGCCGCCAUCCCGAGCCUCGCAAACGUCGGGCGGACAUAUCGGAUGCUCGGGUCGCCGAGCGGCGCCGUCUACCUCACGCACGACGAGUGUAAGCGCUUUCUCAAGCUCACUCCGGACCUGUACAGCCGGGACAACCUCCGAAGGUUCGAGAAGCGGAUCGACGAGAUGAAGAGCGCGGCGAGGGAGCUUGUGCGCCCUCUCAUGGGCACCGGGCUCGAGCUGGAGCUCAGCAAUCCGGGCAAGGACGGGACCACGUCGAGCCCUGUUGGCUACCUCACCUGCGUGAGGGUCAUGGAGAGAGAUCUGCCCUGGUCGGAAGACUAG